AUGAGGAGCACAACCAGUUUUGGUAGUACGAGCACAAGUAGUAGCAAAAGUAGUUUUUGUCGAACGAUUUGCACCCAGCUCUCUUCCUCCUCCUUCUCCACCAUCGCGAGAGGAGGAAGAAGUAGGAGAAGAAGCAACAACAGUAAAAGUCACAAUCAUCAUCAUCAGCUUUUCCACCACUCGCAACCGCGACAACAACAACAUCGACACAGAAAGUUCCGGAACGAUAAAAUUCGUGCAUCGUCGUCGACUUCUCCAGAUAAUGAUGUUGGUGACAACGACGACGUAAAAAAUGUUGUAAUCAUUGGAUCGGGGCCGGCUGGGUACACGGCGGCAAUAUAUACAGGCAGAGCAAACUUGGCGCCGGUAUGUUUUGAAGGAUUUCAGAGCGGCGGCGUCGCUGGAGGUCAGUUAAUGAGCACGACCGAGGUUGAAAACUAUCCAGGCUUCCCUGAAGGCGUGACCGGACCGGAGUUGAUGGAGCGAAUGCGUCAACAAGCCUUGCGAUGGGGCGCGGAAUUAUACGAAGAAGACGUCGUCAGCGUUGAUUUUUCGAAGCGACCGUUGGAAAUCAAAUCCGAAGAUCGCACGAUGAGAGCGAACGCGAUCAUUUUAGCCACCGGGGCGACGGCGAAGCGUUUACGCAUCCCGAGCGAGGAGAAAUUUUGGAGUAAAGGCAUCUCCGCGUGUGCGAUUUGCGACGGCGCUUCGCCCGCUUUCGCGCAAAAAGAACUCGCAGUCGUGGGCGGUGGCGAUUCCGCGUGCGAAGAGGCGAUUUAUUUGACGAAAUACGCCUCUAAGGUUCACUUGCUCGUCAGAGGCGAAGAGAUGAGAGCUUCCAAGGCGAUGAGAGACCGGGUGUUGGAUUCUUCAGACGUGAUAGUGCACUACAACACGUCCGUCGAAGAUGCGGCAGGUAAUGCGCAAGGCUUCUUAGAAAGUCUCAAACUCGUAAACACGAAAACAAAUGAAUCUAUUCCGGAGCCUCUGAAAGUUGCCGGCAUGUUCUACGGUAUUGGACACACGCCGAAUACAAAGUUUCUCGACUCGCAACUAGGCACCGACGAGGACGGUUUCAUCAUCGUCAGCGAUCACGACAAGACAUCCACCUCCGUAGAAGGCGUUUUCUCAGCCGGUGACGUGCACGAUAAAGAAUGGCGACAAGCCAUAACAGCGGCUGGGAGCGGAUGCCAAGCGGCCAUCUCUACGGAAAGAUAUCUGCAAAUGAACAAGCUGUUGAAAGAAGUCAAGAUGAUGGAUACCAAGGACGCGAAAGAAGAAAUCGAAGCCGCGAAGAAGAAAGAAGCGGAAGCGCCGAAAAAGAAGACGCACGAACCUGCGAUUGAUGCGGAUAACUUUGAUAUAGAUAGACAAAAACAUCAAGGCCAAUACGCGUUGCGAAAAUUGUACCACGAAUCGCCUCGUCCUUUAGUCGUGAUGUACACGAGCCCGACGUGCGGCCCGUGUAAACGACUGAAACCGAUGCUCAGUACAGUGCUCGACGAGUACGAGAAAUCCAUCCAUUACGUCGAAAUUGACAUCGCAAAAGAUCCCGAGAUUGCCGAAUCCGCUGGUAUUAUGGGCACUCCGUGCGUGCAAGUGUUUAAAGAUAAAGCCAGAGUGGCGGUCAUCAACGGCGUCAAGAUGAAGAGCGAAUAUAGAAAAAUUUUCAGCGAACAGUUGAUUGAGAGUUCCGCCGCUUAA